AGGUUUUUUUUUUUUUUCAGGAAGUGAACAAUCUGUUUCAUGACCAUCCAUGGCAGAACCGGAAAGAACCUGGAGGAAGGCAGAAUCAAGAGAACCAACUGCACCGGUUGUUGAGGAAGCUAAAACCUUGUUUAUUUUGGAAAGCAAUGAGGCCUAUUGUUGUGUUAGCAUUGUGUUUGAUAACUGGAAGGAAUCUGGAGGAAGGCAGAAGCAAGACAACCAACUGCAGCGGCUGUUGAGGAAGCUAAAAGCUUGUUUAUUUUGGAAAGCAAUGAAGCUUAUUGUUGCGUUAGGAUUGUGUCUGAUGUUCCAUAAUUCUGUUGCAUUCAAAAAAUUGAGGGAGAGGGAAAGAAAUCCAAGGGCUGACAGAGAAAAAAAGGAGAAUGGCGAAAAAAAGGGGGAGAAGAAACCGAGAGAAAAAAUGCAGAAACAGAGGAGAAAUAGCGGAGAGGAAGAUACAAGGAGGCGUGGAAUAAAGAGGAGAGCAAGAAAAUCUUGUAUUCUUGAAGUCUUCCUCCGAGUAAAUUAGAUUAGAUUGCUCUAUUUCAGGUGCAUUUUUUAUCUGAGAAUAUGGAAGAAUUUGGAGUUUGAAUCUCAAUUGCUUGUAGCUGUUUUUCUUUUUCCUCGUUUCUUUUGUUUCUUGGUUGCUAUAUGAAUCUGUUUCUUUACAUGGUUGUGUCCACAAAUAAUCUUAAGAAAAUUUUUAUUGGUCU